AUGAAUCCGAAGUUUAUACUAGUAUUUUUACUUGGGGUAGUGACCCUUCUUCGCACGGCUAAUGGUAACAAUGCCCAGCUGAGGAGUUCUGUUGAAUGGAGUGAUCAACAGCGGUACGUUAUAGGAUCCUGUGUGGAUGAAUGUUUCGCCAAAAGGCAUUCGACGAGAGCCGCUAUAGAUAAGUGCAACGUGAACUGUUUGAGAGAAAGCUUAGGGAUCUUCGCUUUCGUCGAAAACUCUCAAGUGAUAUCCCACGUAGAGCUAAUGUGUCGUGAUAGUGGAUUCCUGAAGAUUAAGAUUGGUAGUACUGAGGAAAAAGACGCUAAUCUAUAUGUUAUAAGAGUGCAAGAAAGCGCUAAGAACUCUAGCAGGAGCAAGAUUUUGAUGAGCACUACGGAGUUGGUGACGUUGGAUGGUCUCAAACCGAACACCCGAUACAACAUCACGGCGGUCACAUUGAAUGCGAGGCAUCAUUGUAUCUACACGAGCAAACAGCAGCAGUUCGAUACGCUACCUGUGGAUUACACCCCAGAAGCCAUCAGCACCAUAGUUGUGGCAAACUAUAGCAAAAGUCAUCAGAAUAAUACUCUGCUGAACGCCAUCGUAUCUUUUAAACCUGCUACCGAUAGAACUUGCUAUUAUUCGAUCCUGUACCACUCUACCGAUGAUACUAAUGGCGACCAUCUAAGCGUUCAUCGAGUAGAAUACCUUUUCCAACUUCCCAUCAAAUCCCUGGACUUCGAUUCGGAGUACACGGUAGCAGUUCAGGCGAAGAAUCCAACCCAUCGCGGCCACGUAAGUGAACUUCAGUGGUUUACCUUCCACACCCCAGCUUGCACCGAUUGGCACCGUGGAAAUGAAUAUCUGUGUGCACCCACAGAAAUAAACGAUAUCCACGUUGCCGCCUCACGUUUAUCCAACGGCAACUUCCAGCUCAACGUAAGCUGGACGAAACCAUCUAUUGUCCCGGAUUUUUACGUUUUGAAGCUGUACGACCUGACUCCAGCGAUCGACGGGCAACCGGCAAACUCAGGCUUGUGGAAUGUGAGCGGCAACGCUACCAGCGUGUUCAUAGAGUCCUUCGAAAUUCGUGGUUCACAAUACGAAGUGUUUCUCACCGCUCACGCCAACAACCGAAAAACGUCGCACAAUUUAAUUCUGCUCACUGACAGCAGCAGCAUCAAACGUCCUUCUACCACCGAUAGAGUUGAAAAAAUAGUGAUGAUCGUUCUCAUCGUGAUCUUCACUUUGGUCUGCUUGGUCACGAUUUUCGUCCGGCUGAUCCUUCAGCGAACAUCAAGAGUAACUUGCGACGAACUGUGUUGUGAAUAUUUUAAGGAUCCGGAGAAUGUUCCCACUGAUGCUACCACCACCAACGCUAACCAUACAAUUGUCACGAUUCACGACGAGAUGAGGAUCGCUCCCAGUCAAGUGCAGCUGCAGAAGGUACUCGGCGAGGGCGCUUUUGGAAUGGUCCGGAAGGGGAUUCUCACCCGAUCGCACGCAUCCCACGCUACCGAGGUUGCUGUCAAGAUGUUGAAGGACCAUCCGAGUGCGGAGCAAAUCAAAGAGUUCCGCCGGGAGAUCGAGGUGAUGGUAUCGGUAGGGUCACAUCCCAACGUGGUGUCGAUUGUGGGUUACUGCACGGAGGAGAACACCAUCGAGAUGAUGCUGCUGACCGAAUACUGUAGCGAGGGUAAUCUGCUGAACUAUUUGAAAAACGAGUGGGAGAGAAUGGUGCAACGUUGCACCGAACCCCGAACGCCAAGUAUUUACGGCUAUAAAAAACCGGAGAGCGUGUUCAACUUCAACACGUCCUUUGUCGAUGAAAAGUCCCUGCUCGGUGGUCCCAAGGGUUUCAGCAAUAAGUUGUACCAAAUGGCGAAAGGAGACGAAAACGGUAACACUGUCUUCGAUCCACCGGCAACAAAUUCGCGGUCCAAGGUGAUCGAGAACGACGGCUCUGAAAAUGUAGUCUGUAACGACGAGCAGAAGCGCGACUACUUGGAGGAGUUGGCCGUAACCAGCGUCCGGUUGGUGGACUUCGCCCGUCAAAUCGCUACCGGAAUGAACUUCUUGGCACGCAACAAGGUAGUCCAUCGCGAUCUGGCCGCGAGAAACGUGUUGGUAUGUAGUGAUAACAUCGUUAAAAUAUCCGACUUCGGACUGAGCAGAGACAUCUACCAGGAUAAUAUGUACCGUAAGGUUGGCAAUGGUAAGCUACCGAUCAAGUGGCUAGCACUGGAAUCGUUGACCCACCAGAUGUACACCUCCCAGAGUGACGUGUGGUCUUUCGGGAUACUGUUGAACGAGAUUUGUACCCUCGGCGCGAGUCCGUAUCCUCUGCUGUCGGCUGCAGAAUUGAUUGUGCAGCUCAAGCAGGGAUACCGGAUGGAAAAACCCGCAGGCUGUAGCCAGAAGCUGUAUGAUUUGAUGAUGUCCUGCUGGAAUGCACAGCCCCUCAACAGGCCAACGUUCUAUGCUAUUCAAAACAGACUGGAGGUAGUGAUGGAGGAGCAGAACGCCAGCCAACAUAGUAAGCCAUUGAUUGAUUUGGUCGCGAUCGUUGAGUCGUCGGGGUCGGAAUAG